UGAAAGAACAAUAGAGGCAUUGCAGUAAUUUUUACAACCAGCCCUGCAAGGGAUCAAAACAAACAUACAACUGUAAGGUGCUGGGAGCAGAAGCAUUGCCAUAGAAGUGUUGUUAUUUGGACCUGCAUCAUUCAGGAUCCCCCCAUGGACAUGGAGCUAAUAUUUGAAUAUAUCGGUAAGGAUCACCUGGUUCUGUAUGCUGUCGGUAGCUUUGUGCUGUUGUGGGCUUUGAUAUGGCUGUACUGUGACAGCCUGGAAAUCGACAAAAUCAAAGAGAAGUAUGUGUUCGUCACAGGGUGUGAUUCAGGUUUUGGAAACCUGCUUUGUAAACAACUGGACAAACGUGGUUUCCGUGUGUUGGCCGGUUGCUUGACAGAAAAAGGUGCAGAUGAUCUGAAGAGAGUGACGGGACCUUAUCUGAAGAGCUGUAUACUGGAUGUUACUAGCACAGUUAGCAUUCAGAAUGCAGUGAAAUGGACAGAGAAGGAGGUUGGAGACAGAGGAUUGUGGGGAAUCGUGAACAAUGCAGGAUGCUCAUUGCCCAUGGGUCCUUCGUUGUGGAUGCAGAUUGAGGAUUUCCAGAGCACUUUAAGGGUCAACAUGACUGGUGUGAUCGAGACAACCAUGAACUUUCUGCCACUUGUCAAGAAAGCCCGGGGUCGAAUUGUUAACGUGGCUUCAGUUCUGGGCAGGGUGGCAGCGAACGGGGGUGGAUACUGCAUUUCCAAGUUUGCAGUGGAAUGCUUUUCAGAUUGCCUCAGGAGGGACAUUCAACAUUUUGGAGUCAAAGUGUGUAUAAUAGAACCUGGGUUCUUUAAGACCCAAGUGACAAGCCUAGAACCACUCGAACAGGAACUGCAUCGUCUGUGGAACAAACUGACGCCUGACAUGAAAGAAAGUUAUGGAGAAAAAUAUCUGGAUAACUACGUCAAGGUACAGAGGUUGAUUAUGAACGCUAUUUGUGAUGCUGAUUUGAGUAAAGUGACCAACUGCAUGGAGCACGCUCUGUAUGCUGCUCACCCAAGAACCCGGUACAGUGCUGGCUGGGAUGCAAAACUCCUCUGGAUCCCUCUCUCAUACAUGCCCGCUUGUGUUGUCGACAUUGCACUAAGAUUGGUGUUACCACGGCCUGCCAAGAGUGUUUUAUAGAUUCCAAAGCAACUUAAAAUCGAUCUAGCCAGUGUACCUUUACUAAUUUGUACAGGUGAUUAGAGUAGUUUCGUCAAACUGGCAGUUCACUUUACUUGUAUUUACACUGUAUUUAAUUGAUGCAAAGAGACCAAUCUUGCCUGUGUAUACUGUAUGUUAAUUAAUGUUGUU